AAACUGCUCAAUCCUCUGGAUAUGGUUGAUACUGCUGUAAAGACAAGUGUAUACCGGUUGAUCGAAAUAUGUUAAUAUUCGUUGGUAUUUAAUUCAUUUAAGUACAUAAAACGAAUGCAAGAAAAUGUUUGACAUCGUUAAUAUUAAUGUUUACGGGUGGUGCUUGCUUGCUAUAAUUGUUUUCGUCUUAGGAAAUAUCAUAGCGUCUCGAAAAGAUAAAAAAAUUGUAAAGUCGGAGAUUUCAGAUCAAACUAAAAUUCAUGAAAAAGAUGAACUUGUGAAGCAUAAGCAGCCUACUCCAGAUGCAAGUGCCGCAGAAGUUGACGGAUCAACACUUAUACAUGCGGAAAAAGCGAAGCUGAUAGCGUCCAAACUUGAAAGAGAAAAGGUGUAUGAUACUGAUAUAAGUCCGAUUUACAGUAGUGUUUCUCAAAGAGUUUGCCCAAUAACUCAAGGCUCCGAUCCGAACAGCGUGGAUUGGAUCAAUAACUCCUUAAUAUGGGUGUACUCCAAGUGCAAUAGUAAUUUUCUUGUCGAAACUUGGUUAUCUGCACUGAAUGAUAAGGCUAAAAAAGCAUCAGCUGAGAAUGGUGUUCUUGUGAAGUUUGAGCAAGUUCAAGCUGAAGAUUUUCCUCUCAACCUGACUGAUAUCUCUACAUCUCCAGAACUGAAUAACAAUGUUACAACCAUUUGUACGGUGAAGAGUGAAGGAUUGAGAUUCCAAGUUUCUGCUAUUCACCAAAAUGAGCCAGAUACGAGUUCUGUUCAGUACGAUGUAAACAUAGUAAAGCUGGAAGGAAAAUUGAAAAUAUCUGGCGACACAGAAGAACUUCUUUUCUUUGUGAGUUUUGUGGACAAACCAGACAUGAAACUAAAUAUAAAACCUGUACAUACAUCACCAGAUUUGCUUACUCUUGAAGAAGAUACUAUUGUGGAUACAAUAACUAAUGCCAUAGGAACAGCAAUAGUGGAUAUCUAUUUCGCUGAUCAGGCAGAUUUUCCCAAGUUUCAACAUAAGAAAGAAGAAAAAGAUUCUGACAUGCUUAUAGAUUUAAGCUUUUCACCAAGUAAACAGCCAUCAACAAGACAUGAACAGCGUUUGUUGGUGAAAGUGGUUAAGGCUACUAGUCUAGGCGGUACAAAAGGUUGUCAGGAGCCUUAUUGUGUUAUUGAAAUGGAUGAACCAUCACAGAAAUUUCAAACUUCAUUUGCAAAGGACAGAAGCAAUCCUUUCUGGGAUGAAAAUUUUCUUUUCAAUGUCAGAGACAAAUCUGCUGAAAUUCUGUUUGAGAUUUAUGACCGGGGAACAGAAGAUAAAGGCUCUGUGGAGACUUUGACUGAUGCAGCACUACGAGAACUGGAGAGUCGUGAGAAAACUGGAAGUCCUAGCUCACCAGAGAAGAGCACUUUGAUAAUUCAUGGUGUAUAUAGAGAAGGUGUCCACCCAGCUCUGAAGGUAAAGUUGGACAAAAACGGCAGAUGGCGCGAAGUUUCUCAGUCUGAAGGAACUGUGGAUAGUAGUACAACAUCACCUUCCAGCCCUCUGUCGAAAAGUGAGCAUACUGCAACGGGUGAGAGCAUAUCAUCCUCUGCAAGUGAAAAAGAAGAAGUGUUCUUUACUUCAUCUGAAAGAGGAAGAAUGAGAGACAGAAGGUCUUUCAUGGGAACCUUAAGAAAGAGGUUAAGCUUGAGGAAUAACCGAUCAAAGUCAGUUGACCAGAAGACUGAAGCUGGAGAGAGUAUAAGUAGAGAUAGCAGUAGAAGUUUCUCUUCUGACCGCUCCAGAUCUGUUCCUCGGGCCCAAAUGAUAUCAGCUGAUAGAACAUCAGCUGGUAAUGCUCUCUUAGGUGUGCCUGGAACUGAUCAUGAGGAGGACAGUAGUGCUCGAAGCAGCAUUAGUGAUGGCUCUGGUGUUAGUUCAUCUUCUACUCGUACUUACAUACACGAGAAGUCUACCCUUGUUGUUGAAACUAAUGAGAAUGGCGUGAUUAAGCACUAUUUGCUUCCAUCAUCUCUUGCUAAUCAUACCAAAUGGAGAAAGAGAGGUGUCAAGCUUCAUAUAUACAAUGACCACAUCUUUGUUGCUAAGCAUCUACCUGGAUCAACUAUUUGUCAAAUUUGUGGGAGGAACCUCUCUCGUCAUCUUGGUAAACAAGGUUAUGAGUGUAGAGAUUGCAACUUGGUGUGCCAUAAAAGUUGCCAUGUUAGAGUGGAUAGUUACUGCCCCCACACUACCAUCAACACCAUGGAUAUGUAA